AUGAGCCUCAGCAGUCAAAAUGCGGGAGACAAGGCUUCCAUUCGCCAAGCAAAUAAGCUCGUCCUAUCAUACGACAGCGGGUCCAAACUUACCCACGCAGACGGUGCAUGGCUUACGUGCGAUUUGACAGGCUGCUCGACGCAAGAGGUUGCUCCGGAGGCAGAGUUCCGGUUGGUUCAAGGGGAGGGGUGGCGUGUGGCUUAUGAGGCAUCACCCAACUCAACCGACAGUUUUGCUGCUUCGGUCGGUGGAGAGGGAUGGAGUCUGGCGAUGAACGCCAGGGAAUGUCACGAUUUCUGCCAGCUCCUACGGGCCGUGCGAGCGUCUGUGCUUCGCCUUGACCCCGCCGACGUCCAAGAACCGCUCCAGAUCCAGGCACGUGGAUCGCAUGUCUGGCUCGAGGCCACCGUCCCGGCUGCCGGGCUAUUACCAGCUCUCUGCGCUGCCCUCAACGGGUCGUUGGAUGGGUCAGACCAGGCGGCAGGUUUUGAUCUUCGGUUUGGUCUAAUUGCGGCUCAAUCUCGUGCCGUGGGGGGCAAAGCAGCAGUACAGGUGGCGCACUGGCCAGCACCCGCGGUGGCGGACGCAUUGCAGAGCGCGGGGGAGCUGUUUGGAGUGCCGCGUGGGGAUCAGAGCGACGAACAGGACGAGGCUCGGCGGGUAGCGGCGGGCGUGUUCGUGGCGUCGUUGGAGUCCACGUCAGACACGGAGUCCCUCGUGUCCCUCGAGGAGCAGCUGCAGCACAUGCGGCAAGAGCUCGCCGCUGCGCGCGCACAGGUGCGCGCGUCGGAGACUCGCGUGCGGCAGACGCUGGACCGGAUGGCGGAGCUGGAGUCGCUCGUGGAGACCACGCGCGUCGUCGACCCCCUUCCCAGGGAAUCCAGCAGCAGCCAGGGGGACGCGGCGGAGGGUAGCGCGCCGAGUGCUAGCGGAGGGCGCGCGGAGGGGAGUCUGGCAGUGGUGGAGAAGGCGGAGGCGAUCCUGGCGGCGGAGCCCGCGGAGCUGCAGAGCGCCGCUGAGACGGCGGCGUCCCAGGGGCGCGUGGGGGAGGGGAAGCGGAAGGGGAAGGCCCCGCGGCGCACGAAGCUGGACACGUCGGGGCCGCUGCCCAAGUACGCGUCGACGCUCAAAAACUUCUGGUUCCCCGUCGCCUUCUCCAAAGACGUCGACGCCUCCACGCUGAUUCCGUUUGACUGCUUCGAGGAGCCGUGGGUGGUGUUCAGGGGCCCAGACGGCAAGCCGGGGUGCAUCCGGGACGAGUGUGCGCACAGGGCAUGCCCUCUCUCCAUCGGCACUGUGGUGGAAGGCCAUGCUGUCUGCCCCUACCACGGGUGGGAGUUCAAGCCGGACGGGCAGUGCACCAAGAUGCCGUCCACGCGCCUCACCAACGUGCGAGUGCGAGCGCUGCCGUGUGUGGAGCACGAGGGCAUGAUCUGGGUGUGGCCCGGCACUGCCACGCCCACCGACACCCUGCCCUCCACCAUGCCGCCCCCCUCCUACACUGUGCACGCCGAGAUAGUGAUAGAGCUGCCGGUGGAGCACGGGCUGCUGGUGGAGAAUCUCCUGGACCUUGCCCACGCGCCCUUCACACACACCACCACCUUCGCCAAGGGCUGGUCCGUUCCCAGCCUGGUUCGCUUCAAGUCGGCAGCAGCGCAGGCACUGCAGGGCCACUGGGACCCGUACCCCAUCGCCAUGGAGUUCCGCCCGCCCUGCGUGGUGGUGUCCACCAUCGGGCUCGUCAAGCCGGGCCAGCUGGAGGGGGAGGCCAGCGCGCAGGAGUGCACGCAGCAUCUGUACCAGCUGCACGCCUGCCUGCCGUCGUCACGCGGCAAGACACGGCUGCUCUACCGCAUGGGGCUUGACUUUGCCCAGUGGGUCAAGUUUGUGCCUUUCAUCGACAGACUGUGGAAGUCUCUGGCUAACCAGGUGCUGGACGAGGACUUGCGUUUGGUGCGGCGCAAGCUGGUGGAGCGGCUGGGCCCCGUGUGGAGCGAUGGCGAGCUGCGCGCCUUCUACCGCCUGCUGCGCGCCGAGGGGAAGAACUGGCGCAAGGUGGUGGCGGAGUUACCGGGGCGAACAGAGGAGAUGGCGGAGGCGCUCUUCAACAUGAACAGGGCGUACCUGUCGUUGCCAGAGGGAGCAGCAUCGGCGGUGGGGCUGGUGGCCAUGAUGACCGACCACUACUCCAUGCUCGUACGCCCCUCCCUCCCCUGCCACUACUCCAUGCUCGUACGCCCCUCCCUCCCCUGCCACUACUCCAUGCUCCACGAGGCGGCGGCAGAGCACCCGCAGGCAGCGGACGAGGGGCAGGCGGCAGGGCUGGCAGUGCAGGCAGGGGGAGGGGGGCAGGACCACGGCAGCCAGGCCGCCUCUGUCACUCCCCCCGUGGGGCGACGGCGGGGACGCGCUGUGCACCGUAGCAGCAGGGGGGGCGGGAUUCUUAGUGAGAGUGGGAGUGAGGCGGAGGGGGAGGGGGAGGGGGAAGGGGAAGGGGAGGGGGGCAGUGUUGGGUUCCGGAGUGACCGGGGCAGUGGCAGUGAGGGUGCGAGUGUGGGAGCGAGUGCGAGUGAGAGUGAGAGGGAGAGGGAGAGUAGGAGCGAGAGUGAGAGUGAGGCAAGGGUGCAGUAUCACCGGCCUCUCACCAGACACAGGACCAACAGCAUGGGUCAUAGCCGGGGGGAGAGAGGGGGACAACAGGCAGGGGAGGGAGCGGAGGGGAGUGAUGUGGCGGGCAGUGGAAGGCGGAGUGAGGGCAGGAGGAGGGAGGUGAAGCGGGGCGCAGAGGAGGGGAGUGCGGAGCAAGGGGCGGAGGAGCAGGAGGGGCAGCAGUGGAGCGUGGGGAGAAGCUCGGGGUCUACCGCCCCUCUGUGGUCGCGGGGCAAACGCAGUCGCAGGGCGCACGUGCCUGGUGGCGCGGGCAAGGGAGGGGGGGAACGGGGGGAAGGUGGGGAAGGGGAGAGAGCGGGGGAAGGGGGAGAGAGGGGAGGCGGCAGGGUGGGGCAGAGGAAGAGGCAACUGGAGGAGGAGGAGCAGGGCGAGGGCAGGAGGAAUGGGGGCGGAGGGGAGGGUGGGGGGAAGGAGGGUGGCGCAGAUGUGAGACAGCGUGCACAGGGAAGGCAAGCUGGCGGGCGCGGGCAAGGGGAGCGAGGGGAGGAGGAGGGGCGGGCAGGGCACGAGGGCAGGCAGGGGGAGUGGGGUGUGGGGGUGACAGCAGUAGCGAGCAGGCAGAGGGGUGUGGGGUCGCACACACCUAAGAAGGCUCGGUCAGCGGUUGCUGUGGUGGGUGGUGUGGGGGCGAGAGGGCGAGGCGCGGCAGAGGAGGACGAGAAGAGACGCUCUGAGGCGAAUGCUGGUGUGCGGGUGUCACUGCGGCCACAGCAGCAGGAACAGGAGGAGAAGGCAGGGGCCCAGAAGGAGGAGGCGGGGGAGGAAGAGAGCAGAGCAGAUGAGGCAGGUGGGGCGACGGGUGGUGGCAGGUUGGCAGGGAUGCAGGGGCGUGGAGAGGAGAAGGGAGCAGGGACCGAGGAGGAGAAGGGCAGGGGGGGUGAGGAGAAGGGCAGGGGGGAUGAGGAGAGGAGAGAGGAGAAGGGCGGUGGUGAGGAGAAGGAGGCGAAGGGUGGUGAGGAGAGGAAGGAAGGGAAGCGGGAGAAGGAGGGGAAGGAAGUGAAGGAAGGGAAGGGGGGCAAGCGCAAGGCAAAGGCAAAGAGGAAGGGGGUCGCAGGCGGGGCAGAGGUGGGGGGCGGGCCUGGUGGGCAGGGAGGGGAGGCGGUGGGUGGCGCGCACGCUGGGGUGGAGAGGGAGGCGGGGCAGCAUGCAGGAGAAGGGGGUCGAGUUGGGGGAGAUGGAGAUGGAGGGGGAGAAGGGGCUACGAGGGGCGAAGCGGGAGCAGCGGGGCAGGGGAUGCAGGAGGGCAUGGGUAGUGGAGGGGGGGAGCAUGCCAGCAGCCUUUUCCACGGUGGCAGCUCCGGAUUGGAUGCCCUGGCCACGUUGGCAGACCUGUCUCUGACAGCUAUGGCGCGCGCCAACAACCAUGCUGCCGCCGCUCAUGCCGCUGCCGCCCCUGCUGCCAGCGCUGCUGUGGGCGCCCCUGCAGCCCCUCCUGUUGCUGCUGCUGGGGGUGCAGCCACCGACCACCUGCCACCUGCCCCGCAGCCGAGCCAACGGCAUGAGGCGGAGGGGGAGGGCGGAGGAGCUGGUGCAGGGAAGCAGCGCGUAGCAGGCAGCAAGCAGGGUGAGGCGAGGUCGGGAGAAGGGGCGCAGGGCAGCAGGGAGGCGGCCAGAGGGGCAGGGCCUGUGCUGAGAAAGGUGAAGAAGAGUAAGAAGACCAGGGCAGGAGGGGGCGAUGAGAGGAAGGAAGGAGGCGGGGCGAAUAAGGACAAAAGCAGCCAGCCGGAGCAGGCAACAGGUGCCAUGCCAGGUGGCAUGCCAGGUGGAGUGAGUGAAGCUGCAGGUGCAGGCAUGGUUGUGGGUGCUGCACCUGCAGCAGGUGCAGUGGGCACAGCAAGGGAGGCAGACCCUCUAGACGACAUGCUGCGGCGCUUCCAGCACGCUGCAGCCGCACACGCCAGCGCCACCACCAGCAGACCUGGCAGCGGCAGCAGCAGCAGCAGCAGGGCGGGCAGCAGUGCAGUGGCGGGCAAAGGCGGGUCAGUGCCUGUGGUGGCUGGCAGUGGUGGCGCACAGGUCAGCAGCGGCAGGGCCGUGGGAGCUGCGGGAAAAGGGGCAGGGGGUGCGAGGCAGGCGGGGGGCGAGGCUAGGGCGGCCGGGGAAGGGGCGAAGAGGGUCGGGGGAGGGGAGGUGGCUCGGCAGCAGGGGGGAGGGGGGGGAGGAGGAGGUGGGGGGGGGAAAGCGGGAGGGGGGUCCAAGGGGGCUGUGAAGGGGAGGAGGAAGGGGGAGGAAGUGGGACAGGGCGAGAAGAAGGGGCAGGAGAAGGUAAAGGAGGGGCAAGUGCAGGGUGCGGAGCAGCAUGACCCUCUGCCUCCCCACUCCCUCGCUCCCUCCGCCCCUCCUACCGUGCCUCCCCCGGUUCCCCCUGCUGCUGCAGGGCCACGGCCCCUGUUGCUGCAAAUGCCUCCUUCCAUACCUGCUGCGCCCAUAACCCCCACGCCCUCCACUCCCCCCAUGCUCCCCUUGCUCCCCAUGCACCCUGCGCCUAACCACACUGCCUUCCCCCUGCACUCUGCUCCUCUGCUCCUGCCCCUCCCCAUGGGCGGUCCGCAAGGGGACGGGGGGGAGUAUGGGGGCGCGCAGCAGGGGGGAGGGGAGCAGAGGGCGGAUGCCACGUGGCCGCCCAUGCCACAUCAGCCUGGGCAACACGUGCCGCCACUUCAGCAACACCAAGCAUCAGAGAGGGGAGGAGAAACGUGGGGCAGAGCGCCACGUGUAGCAGCGCGGGGGGCAGGCAGGAGGAAGAGGCGCGUGGAGAUGUGGCAGGAGGGGAGAGAAGGCAGGGAGGGAAGGGAUGGGGUGGAUGGUGCUCUCCUCCCCCCACCACCCAUGUGCCUGGCAGUGCUGCAGUGGGCGCGGUGUGAGUUCUUGUACAGCGUCAUCGACUGCCCCUGGUUCCGCCACAGCGACUUCCACUGCUGCCUCGCCCUCCUCGCCGCCCCGCCUCCCACCGCCCUCCCGCGCACGCUCUGGCGCCUGCUGCGCUGUGCUCGUGAGCCUGCCUAUCAUUGGCCCCUUGCUCCUCUACCCUGCCCCAUCCCCUUAGCUUCAGUCUCGCCCUCAAAUAAUUUCACGUGCACAUCCGCCGUCCCUCCACGCUUCCUGCAACCCUCCCUUCUCAACCCACCCGUUUGCCAAUCUCACCACUCUCCCCCUGUCCCCCUUGCAUCCCCUGUCCCCCCUCCCAUCCCCCCAGCGCCAUGGGCAAGCCGCGCCGCCUCUCCCCCACCUUCCUAUCCAAGGAAAGGGCCAACCUUAUCGCCUUCUCAUCCCACCCUCCUCUCCUCUCCCCGCUUCCCCCUUACCCCCUUUCCUCCCCCCUCCCUUCCCAAAUCCCCUGCCUCCCAUCCCCCCAGCGCCAUGGGCAAGCCGCGCCGCCUCUCCCCCGCCUUCCUGGCAGAGGAACGGGCCAACCUCAACGCUUUCCGUGCUGCUGCCCGCGCCGCCCUCGCCACUGCUGCUGGUGCGCCUGCAGGAGUGGCUGCGCAAGGGGGUGGCCAGGUGCAAGUGGGGGAGGCGGUACUGGCAGUGCACCCUGGCACGGGCGUGGUGGCAGCAGGCAGGGUGGUGGGCGUGGGGCGUGGGGGGGAAAGGGAGGGAAGGGGGCAUGGGGAGGGGUGGGGGGAAGGGGAGGUGGUGGUGGUGCGGUUUGAGGAGGGGCAGCUGGGCACACAUGCGGUGGCUGAUGUGGACGUGGAUGUGCUGCCCCUGCAUGGCAUGCAUGGCGGGAUGAACCCGCCACACCAGGGCUUGCAUGGCGGGAUGAACCCGCCACACCAGGGCUUGCAUGGCGGGAUGAACCCGCCACACCAGGGCAUGCAGAUGAUGAGCCUGCCCAUGCAGGGCAUGCACGGCUCGCACCCAGCAGUGCAGAGUAUGGAUGGUUUACAUGGGUCGCUGCAGCAUGCAUGGCAGGGCGGGCCAGGUCAUUUGGAUCUCAACGGCUGCCUCCCUCCCACAUCUCCUGCCCCUGCUUCAGCCCCUGCCCCUGCCGCUGCCACUGCACCUGCUGCUGCUGCUGUGGGUGCGGCUGGUGCAGGAGAGUCGUUCAAGACGCCCACGCACAGGCCGCUGGCAGCCGCGGUGGUGGCGGGGAGUCCAGGGGAGACGGGGCAGUCGAGGGAGCAGGACGUGCAUGCUGUGGUGGAGGUGGCACGCUGCUGUGACAAGAAGGCGGCGCUGCUGGCGGAGCUGCAGUGGCUCAACGCGCACGCAGAGGGGCUGCUGGGGCAAUUGGAGCAGCUGGGGAAUCUGGGGACACAGCAGGGGAGGACGGGAGAGGGGGGUCAGGCAGGGGGUGUGGCGGAGGGAGGGGUGGGGUUGGAUGAGUCGUUUCAGCGGCAGUAUGCAGUGGUGCUGCUGCAGCUGAGGGACACGGACAAGCAGCUGGACGAGGCCCUGCAAGCCCUCAGGAGCCGCAACCGCUUCCUCCACCCCGCCCUCCCCCGCCCCUCGCCCUCCCUCCUCCCCUCGCCCCACCCCACACACCGCCUACUGCCCUCCCCUGCCGCCCCCCCACUCCUCGCCUCCCCCAUCCCCUCCCCCCUCAUCUCCGCUGCCCGCCUCCUCACUGCCUCCUCCUCCCACACUGCCCUCGCCAACGCGCCUCUGCGCCUCCCUCCUCUCAUCCCCCCACCGCCCCAAGCCCCCUCUCUUCCUCCGCUUUCCCUUCCACCCACCCUUCCCCCUGCACCCGUGCCACAUCUCUUGAUAGCCCCUGCCCCUGCACCGACUGAGGUGGCAGCAGCACCUGCAGCACUAGCGGCUCAAGCAGCUGCACUAACAGCAGUACCAGAAGCAGCACCAGCAGCGGUGGCAUUGGCGGCAGCACCAGCAGCGGCAACAGCGCCAGCAGCGGACGGGAGUGGGCAGAUGGGAGAAGCGAUGGGGAAGGCGCAGGAGGAGGGCAAAGCUGCAGCACGCUGGGAUGAGCCGGGCAGGGCUCCAGGGGUAGGUGCAGCAUGCAGACCGGGGAGCGAGAGGGGUGUGGGCGGAGGGGAAGGGGGGAAAACGGAGCAGGAGGGUCAGGGAAUCCUCCAAGGGGUGGUGAGCGAGAGAGGGAGGGCAGUGGGAGGGGAAGAGGAGGGUGCCAGCGGGGAGGUGUCAGCGGGGGUGCACCAGAUGAUAGGAGCGGCACAGCAGAGGGCGCAUGCCAUGGUGGCCGCUGCCCUGCACGCCCUCUCCCUCUGCCCGCCCACCGCUGACCCCUCGCUGCUCCUCUCCCAGGCCCUUUCCUCCCUCCCUCCGCCACACAUUUCCCCACCUCAGUUCCCCUCCUCGGCUCCACCCAUCUUCACCCCUCCACCUGGUAUCCCCCCACCCACCGCCAUGCCUCCUGCGGCUCUCACUGCUUUCGCUGCUCCUGCCACUGCUCCAAUGCAGCCAUUGCAUCCACACGGACCACCACAGGCAACCCAACAGGCACCAGAGCAACAACACCACCACCCAUCACCCUCCCCUGCCGGGCCUCCGCUCCCAUCUGCUGCAGCUGCAGCUGAUGCAGACACCAUGCCACACUGCACUGAACCGCACCACACCGCAUUACAACACCCUGCACCAGUUCCUCCAUACGCGCUGCGCCCUGUGACCCACCCUGCCAGCACCCCACCCCCCCACGCGUCGCGCUACCGUCUGCUGCAGCUCACCCCCCAGGGACCCGCCCUCAGAAGCCCUGGCAAGCACCCCUGCCCCGUGCCAGGGGCAGGGGGAGGAGCAGCAGGGGCAGGGGGAGCAGGCGGAGCAGAGGGAGCAGAGGGAGCAGGGGGGCGGUGGGAGGAGGGGGUGGGGGCGAGGGGGCUGCUGUGUGCAUCGGAGGAGGGGGGGCUGUCAGUGACGACGGGCACCACAGGGGGCUCUGAGGCCGAUGCUGUCACCACCGGCCGUGAUGCCCUCGAUGCUCGCGCUGCCCCACAUGCUGCUGCUCCACCUGCUGCUGUCGACACUCGUACCCGUUUUGGUGCCGACGCAGCAGCGGCUGCAGCUGCUGCUGCCGCAGCUGCGGCAGUCACGGGUGGGGGUGCUGCGGGCGCUGCAACGGGCAGUGGUGGCAGGCUAGCGCUAGGGGCAGCGGCAGAAGAGGGGGAGAGGAGGGAAGGCGAUGGUGGAGGCCAACACAAGGAGAGAGGCGGCCUUGCCGACCCUGCCACACCCGCCACUGCACUGGCGCCAACAGCUGCUGUUUCAGCUCCCUCACUUGCUGUCUCCCCAGACCACCACCGAGUGCUCUUCUCCCCCUCCCCCCCUUCCGCCGCCAGCCCCCCCUCCCUCCCCCUCGCCUCCCCCUCAGCCACCCUGUCUGUCUUCCCCCCCGCCACCUGCUCCCCUGAUGCACCCACAGCACCAGCAGCAGCGGCACCAGCGGCAGCAGCAGCGGGUGCAGCAGUGCAUGUGAUCAGCCCCCACCGGUCCUCCACCACCAAGGCCAGACCGCCCCCUCACACCCUCCGCCCCCCCGCCUCCUCCCCCUUUCCCACCUCCCCUCCAGACAGCACUGCGCGUGCAGGUGAUGGUGGGGAAGGGGGGGCAGGGAAGGAGGGGCUGCAUGAAGCAGCGGUGGCGCAUGGGGUGGGGGGAGGGGAGAGGGAGGAAAGGGGUCGGAGGGAGGAGAGGGAAGGCUGUGGCAGUGGAGGCGCCGAAGGGCAGGUCCGGGCUUCUGGUGCGGCAGGGGAUGUGCGGACGGUCAUGCAGCAAUGCCUCGCCUCCCUGCUGCUCGUUCAGGUACUUUGA